AGCUGCGACUGACCUCUUAAAAAUUCAAAUAAUUUUAAGAAUCUCUGAAUGUUUUACAUAAAACUUUCCAGCCCGUUGUUGGUCCGAAAUUCAUAAUCUGCUAUGCGAGAAACCAGAAGACGUCAUGAAUUGAAAAUUGCAAGGUGUCAAUCUGGAACCGGAAAUACCAAAAUUGUCCAGUUACAUCCCAUAAGCUAUGGACGAGUCGACGGCGAUAACGAUUAUAGACUACGAAGAUUUAGAAAGCAAUGUAACAGUUGCGGCGAUAAAAACAACCACUUAUACACCGGCAACUACCAUUGGCCUGUGGGGACUUUUGUUCGUAUUCGUCAUAAUAAUCCUCUUCAUUGCCCUGUGUUGUACAUGCAUGGGACUUCUGGUCCUCUUCGGGUGUAUUAAAUCCUUUCUCUGUUUUCACUGUCGACGUCGAGAUGAACAGUAAAGGGAAAGAGGUCCCUGAAAAAGACUUGAGAUUCCUGUAAUACGCUCAUCGAAACUCUGAUUUGUGCUAAUAAAAUUAUAUUUUG